AUGGCUCAACCUAUCCUUGGUCUCUUUGACGCCAGGCGGCUCACUCCUCUCCUCUUUGCCCUCCUAGCAAUCUACCUCUCGGUCAAGCUCAUCCAGAUCACCCUGCGUACAAUCACUACUCGUCGUCGUUACCAAGAAAUCCCGCAAUUGCCCCGUCAUCCAGUAUGGGGCCACUUGAUCAACAUGGGCGAAAAGCUCAACCCGGCUCUCCGGAGGCAUCCGGAUUAUGCAUUCGAAGAAAUUUGGGAGUCUUUGGGCCAACCACCAGCUUUUCUGAUGGAUCUGAAUCCUGUUGACGGGGCGUUUCUCAUUGUAGCGGACCCGGGCAUAGCUGAACAGAUCACCCAGCCCAACUCGACAUUCAAAUAUUCUCUCCCGAAGAGCGACACCUUGAUGUCCAUGUACCGCCUCAUUGGUCUUGAAUCAUUGAUCAUCGCCGAGGGCGAGGAAUGGAAGCUCUUGCGAAGGAGGUUCAACAAGGGAUUCUCUCCCCAGCAUCUGCAUACUCUGGAUGGCAUUAUCAUUUCCAAGACUCGAGAAUUUGUGGAUCGGUUGAAGCGCACUGCGGCAAGUGGUGACAUUUUCACCCUCAAGGACUAUGCACAGGAUUUGACCACAGAUAUCAUCACCACGGUUGCAAUCGAGAAGGAUUACCAUGCUCAGACGACUCCCAACGGAGUUGGGUCAAAGGGCCCCUUUGGUAUGCUCACGGCUUCGCGCUUACUUUCGCAGCUGGUGUUCCCAGUGGGCAGGGGGUUUAACCCGUUUAUCUAUUUUGAUCCUAUCCGGCCAAUGAAGUCCUGGUUCUACGAACAGGUGUUUAACCGCGACCUGGCAAAGGUCAUCCGAGAGCAGAUAGCCGCCGAACAGAACCAGAUCGAAGAUUCGGGCAAGGAUGCUGCAAAUGGCAGUGCCCAAAGCGGGUUGCAGAGAUCAAUAACCCGCCUCGCUUUGUCAGGAUUGAGCCCGGACGCAGCGCUGAUCCGCAACACCGUGUCGCAAAUCAAGAGCUUUUUGUUUGCUGGCCAGGACACAACUGCCACGCUUAUCCAAUGGCUCUGCUUCGAGCUCUCUAAAGCUCCAUGGUCUCCAUCCUCAGCGGCCAUCCUCGAGAAGCUGAUCCAAGAACAUGAUUCCGUCUUUGGCAAAGAGGGAGGGCCCUUCAAUGCCCUCGACAUCCUUGGCCGCACCGACGAAGAAUCCCGUAAAGAGACGGAAGCCAUUCUUGGCAGUCGCUUACCCUACACGACGGCAUUUAUUAAGGAGACGUUACGCCUUCACCCGCCCGCGGCUACGGCACGACUUGUACCCGAGCUCUCACCCGAGAAUCCGACCCCAGCAAUGUUGAAGCUGCGCACUACGAGCGGCGAAGAAAAAGACGUGCAGGUCAAUGGCCUCAGGAUCUACGUUUGUGCGCACCUAGUUCACAUGAACAAAGCUGUGUGGGGGCCCGACGCUCCGGUUUUCCGACCCGACAGGUGGGUGGAUGAGAAAUACGUCGCGUCUUUGCCAACUGGUGCAUGGCGGCCAUUCGAACGUGGACCGAGGAAUUGCAUCGGGCAGGAAUUGGCAAUGGUGGAGGCCAAAGUUGUGCUUUGUGCGGUGGUAAGAGGUUUCCAGUGGGAAAAGGUGGGAUAUUCAGGAAAAGGGCAGAAGGAAGACAUGGAGAGACCGAGGGGAGAUGGUAAGGAUCACGGGGAGAGGGAAGUGUGGAGUGUCAACCAGGUGACAGCUGUGCCAGUCGAUGGGAUGACGAUGAAGGUUCAGCUGAGGAAAUAG